AUGCCCCAGGCUUAUCCCCAAGGACGACCGCAAGAAGAUCCACGAGUACCUCUUCCGUGGUAUGUAUCCAACAUCUCGCCGACGCCUCGACCGGCCCAGGUUCCGCCUACCUUUGUCGCGCCGGAGGGUGUGCUCGUGGCCAAGAAGGACUUCAACCUUCCCAAGCACGGUGACAUUGACACCAAGAACCUCUAUGUCAUCAAGGCUAUGCAGUCCCUGAACUCCCGUGGCUUCGUCAAGACCCAGUUCUCGUGGCAGUACUACUACUACACCCUCACCCCCGAGGGUCUGGACUACCUCCGCGAGUGGCUCCACCUCCCCGCUGAGGUUGUCCCCGCCACCCACAUCAAGCAGCAGCGCUCCCACGCUCCCCCCCGCGGCAUGAUGGGCGGUGAGGACCGUGAGCGUCGUCCCCGUGCUCCCCGUGAGGGCCGCGAGGGUGGUUACCGCCGCCGUGAGGAGGGUGGCAAGGAGGGCGGUGCCCCCGGCGAGUUCGCUCCUUCCUUCCGUGGUGGCUUCGGCCGUGGCCGCGGUGCUCCCCAGCAGCAGUAA